AUGGACGCCCAUUGGAUACAGACACUUUACACGCUGUUGGAGAGAAAUGAAAUCGACAAAACACUUUUGCAGCCGGAGGAAAUAGAGUGCAUAAAGAAGGCGGUGGCCCUCCUGGGAUACAAGCUGACUCCUUGGUACGACGCAAAAACUCUUGUCAUUAGCUGCGCGCAGGAGACGGAGUCUGCAAUAACCGAGUACGAAGUUGCUGCCUUGGACAUUCUGUCGAAUGUGGCGAGUAACUGCGGGGGAGUCUGCGCUGCCUCCCUUCAGAGCUGCACCAUAACAGCAGAUCUCAUCAGGAAGGGAUGGCUUCUUGUUGAGGGCGGCAGAGUGAAUCUCACAAAAAGAGCAAAGGUAGAAAAGGCGCAGAUUCUCUCCGAAGCCACAGGCACGAAGCAGUGCUCUUUCUGCCAAAUUCUCAACUCGGAGGGAAAUGUUCCGCACGAGGAGUGUCUCAAGUACAUCGCCGAAUAA